UCAAGCCACACACACGCAACGAGCGCUGCCAAGCCGGAAACGUGGGGAGCGACUUACUGUGUGAACUGUGACCCGUGAUACGUGACCCGUGAACUGCUAUCCGUGACCCUGGUGGGAACGUGACUCGUCUCGUGUCCGCCUGCUCGGCUGCCUUUCGUAUCUGGCGUCUCAAUCGGAAUUGGAAUUGGAAUCGCGUCAUUGGAGUGACUGAUUUUGAGUUGACUGUGCGGUGGUGUGACGAAGUGCGGGAAUGUGUGUUUCUUACGUCGUAGCGUAAGGACAGUUACGUAAGGACUCCCUGUCACCCCUCUCCCCCGCGGAUAAGGACACAAACGCAACGCGCUCGAAUGCGUUACGUUGCGCAUGAGAUGGCGGCACGCAGUUCGCGCUACAUUUACUCCGACCACGGCCAUCGAAUCUAGUCCGCUCUUAGCCAAAAGGUAGCAGGUUAUAAGUAAUUGGAGAGCUCCACAAAUUGCGCAUGAAAUGUUGGUGGAAUACUUUAUGGCGCUGCUCGUGAUCAUGGGAUUAACCGCACCAGUCGACAAGCAGAGCCGGCGCAGCAGCCAAUACUUCGGUCACCUGGCCGCCGCUGAGGAAUUAUCCAACCUAAUACCAGAUAAUUACGAUGCCCUCGAUCCAGUUUUCGACAACUCCACGGAUAGGGAGAUUAUCGCUGCUCUGGGCAACACAGCCCGACUCCACUGCCGCGUUCGUCACCUGGGCGAUCGAGCUGUGUCUUGGAUCCGACAAAGAGAUCUUCACAUCCUAACCAUAGGAAUCAUGACCUACACAAAUGAUCAGCGUUUCCUGGCGCGACACAUUGACAACUCUGACGAGUGGGUGCUAAAGAUCGUUUCGGUCCAGCCAAGGGAUGCAGGCAUCUACGAGUGUCAAGUGUCCACAGAGCCCAAGAUUAGUCAGGCCUAUAAGCUGGUUGUUGUGACUCCAAAGGCCCAGAUCCUGGCCAACCGCGAGCUGUUCAUCCAGAGUGGCAGCGACAUCAAUCUGACGUGCAUCGCCCCCCAGGCUCCAGGGCCCUAUACGCACAUGGUGUGGCACAAGGAUACGGAGCUGGUGAGCGACUCCUCUCGAGGCGGCAUACGCGUAGUGUCCGAGCAGCAGAUGAAGACCAGCAACCUGGUAAUAUCGCGUGUCCUGCACACGGACUCCGGCAAUUACACCUGCUCAGCGGAGAAUUCAAAUUCUGACAGCGUCUUUGUGCAUAUCAUUAAGAGUGAGCAGCACGCGGCCAUGCAGCACGAACUGGGGUCGAGGCUGGAACUACCCCCGCUGCCUCUGCUGCUCCUGGCGGUCCUACUGGUUGUCCUGUUGGCCCCCGCACCUCUUCAACCCCGUGCACCCAUCCACUAAACCGAGCCAAAGUCGAGCGGCAACUUAUGUUCGAUGUCUGGAGCCCGGCAGCCGGACCACGCCCCCCGUUACAACAACUACCGCCCAUGCUAACGCCCCUUCUUUGGAGAUAUUCUGGUGGAUGGAGGAGGUUAACGACGUCGAUGUCGCGUUGUCUUGUAAAUAUGUAAAUCGAGUUUUUGUUUAUGUUUGUGUUUUUGUGGCUCAGUCUCUAAGUAUUUUUAUACGUAAUUAAGUAAAUAGGUCGAGAGUGCAUAUGUGCCGCCAUAUAGCCAUAUAGCCAUCUAGCAUAUAGCGAAUAUGACAGAUACAUUAUGUGCACACGAUCGCAUACCUAGAGAUACCAAAAAAAAAAGCGAGCAAUCGAAUCAGAAUCGAAUCGAACCCGUAACGAAUGUAAAUAAAUGUUUAAUCUUAAUAAUAGAUAGGCGAGAUCUAGAUUAAUUAUGAUGAAGCGGGUGCAAUUUAAUUUGCAAGCCCAAUGAUUGAUGGUGAUAUGAAUGUGUGUGGCCAUCACCAUUCUCCGGUGUAGUAAAUGCGAUAC